UUCUAAAUAUGUAAAAAAGGGGGCAAAAUUCGUCAUUUUUCAGCAUUUUUUAUUUUAAUAUUUUUUGUAUAUAAAGAUGGACAGUCAUCAUGAUUUUAACAUUUUACCACAUAAAGCUUUUGAGUUUUAAUUGUAUAUCCAUUAUUUUUGUUUUGAUUUUCUAAUCCAGAACCUAGAUGUGGAGUGCAAGAAGAGCCUUUUGAAUUAUCCUCAUCUGGCCUCCCACUGUCUUUAAAUUAAAACUAAACUGUUUUUGUUACUAUAUUUUCCACUAUAAGUUGAUGAUUUUUUACUGAUUUUGCUAAUGACACCCCCAGGUAAUUGAAAACAAAUUCUAACUAAAUUAAACAUCUGAACUGCUCAAAGUGGCAGGAAAAAAGUGCUGGUACACUAUCCAAACACACACCCCAUCUCCAGAAAUUUUAGUCCGGGAAAAUAUGAAAUUUCAUUCUGGAAACGUAGAAACUGAGUGCCUUUGUUUUUCCCCAUGUUUUUUCAAAGCUAUGAUUUGUUGUCGUCACAGACUUUAUGAGUCUCUGAGAUGGUUUCAGCUUACUUGUUUUUCAUGCAUCCUGCCCAUGAGUAAACCUUUUCCCUGGUCUAAUAGUUUUAUAAUGAAGGCAUUGUCCCCAGACAGAUAACAUUUACAGUUGUUACCAUAUUCCUUUGGGUCAAUACCACUUCCCCUUAGAUAACAUGGGGCACAGAUGCUCGGUUCACUUCUGAAUUAAUGUUUGUCUGAAGCUUUGAGAGCAAACACCAUUUCCUUUCCAACAAAGACACCUGCUGCUUUAAGCUUUUAUUGACUCAUUUAGGCAGUUGCAGCUGGGUGUUGUACAUCACAGCUGCGUCAGAAUAUGAAUCUCUCACACAUAGAUAUUUGCUGUGCCUUUAAAUCUCCCAUCUUAGACCAGGUUUUACCUCCAGUCCUGAUCCUGGAGUUCAUGUUUGGGCUGAUGGGGAACUUUGUGGCCCUGUGGAUGUUUAUCUUCCACAUGGACACAUGGAAGCCUAAUGCAGUGUACCUGACUCACCUGGCUGUGGCCGACUCCAUUGUCCUGUUCUGUUUGCCGUUCAGGGCAGAUUACUACAGACGUGGGAAGAACUGGAUCUACGGCGAUGUCCCGUGUCGUAUCCUCCUCUUUAUGCUGGCAGCCAAUCGUGCAGCAGGGAUCUUCUUCCUCACAGCUGUGGCUGUUGACCGCUACUUCAAGAUUGUCCACCCACUGAACAGCAUCAACCGCCUAGGCCUGGGCUAUGCUCUGGGAGUGUCCCUCGGCCUCUGGGCUCUGAUCUUUCUUGCAACCGGUUACCUACUUACCGGUAAACACUUUUUCUACAGCAGCAAUCGUACUCAGUGUGAGAGCUUCAACAUCUGCAUGAGCUUCACUCCUUUGUCCACCUGGCACAAUGCUUUCUAUGUCAUCCAGUUUUUCCUGCCCACCGUCAUUGUGGCCUUUUGCACUAUCAGGAUCACCUGGCAGCUCAGAAACAGAACCUUGGACAGAAAGGGAAAAGUCAAACGUGCUGUUCAGUUUGUGUUGGCUGUGGCUUUGACCUUUAUCAUCUGCUUUUUUCCCAGCACUAUAUCGCGUAUUGCCGUGUGGAUCCUGAAGGUUUGGUAUGACGAGUGCAGAUAUUUUGAGAAGGCCAACUUGGCAUUUUACACUUCCGUGUGUUUCACCUAUUUCAACAGUGUCCUCAACCCUGUGGUUUAUUAUUUUUCAUCUCCAGCCUUCAGCGGUACCUUCAGAAAGGUGCUGAACAAACUGCUGAGGAAUGACGAAAAAGACCCGGCUGAGUUGGACAAUGACAUUUCCACGAUUGACAGAGGAAGAAUCUAAAUCCAGAGGAAGAAUGUUCAACUUAUUACGGAAACCCAUUUCUGCCACCAACAAGASAACAAUAAAAGAUCCUUUAUGUCAGGGGUGGGCAAUCCUGGUCCUGGAGGGCCGCAGCCCUGCAUAUUUUACUUGUUUCU